CUUUGUCGAAUACUCGAGCAUUUUCAACGGCAACGUCGUCACGGUUGCAAAAGCGGUCGUUUGCCCCUUGGAUGCCGAAGACGUGAGCAAGUAAGGGGCUGCUUGUCGUGACGGCAGUCGUCCAUGUGUGACCCACGCGCUUUGAAACAGAAUAAUCAGAUUCUGCACCAAACACUCGCUUUCCCCGAGUGUGAAGGCCGGUGGAUUUGGGACUGGAGGAUGGUCCAUCGGUGGCGACAUCAUCAUCGAUGUCUCGAAACUGGUCGACAUGGAUAUCGAGCCGCCCACGAAUGUUGGAGCCGGAUACACCGGGCUUCGUGAUCAAGACGCUGUACAUAAGUUGAAGAACGCCGGGCCUAGUGCAAAGCGCCGACGCGAAGAUGAUGCUGCCCUGCUACUGAACAACUCUGCUUCGCAGGCUGUCUCUGAAUUCCUCCGGACUCCGCACUCAUUUGACUCCGAGACCCGUCAAGCUGUUCGCCGACGGCUGGAGGAGCCCCGCGCCGACUCCGAGGAAGAGGGCAGGUCCUCCUCGAAUUCCACCGGCGACUCCGAGCACGUUUUCGAUGUCACCAGUGGGACCCACAGCCGGGAUACGCAGUCGACAGAACAUACCACGCCAGCCCGGUCCCCCGAUCCGUCUGCGUUUCCGGCCCCAAAGCAACGGCCGGUCGCGGGUGGGGACCCGUUUGGAUAUCUGGAUGAUCAGAACGACUUCCCUGCGCCGCUGCCGCCGACGGUGACGCAGCAAGUCUACAUUCCUCGCACGAAUCAAGAGCCGUGGGCCACGGGGCGACUGGUGACCAAUUCGAGCCUGCCCGCUGUCCCACCAUCGAACCUGGCCUCCCCCGCGCGGCCGAUCCACGCUAAUGCCUAUGUGACGUUCGGAGCGGGAAUGAGGCAGAAGGAGAUCGAUACGUUCACCGCGAACCAUCCGCUGGAAGCGCACUCCAGACCCAUUCCGUAUCACGUCCCGUUCUCUGCCCAUCCUGUCGGAUCUGGUGUUGCCCUACUGGGAGGAUUCGGUUUCCUGGCUCGUGUCCAUGGACUUACCAUCGAUAACGUCGUGGAGGUCGAGAUGGUUCUGGCAGACGGUCGGAUUGUGAUCGUCAACAAGAAUGAGAAUUCGGAUCUCUGGUGGGCCAUGCGUGGUGCUGGCUCUGCAUUCGGCGUCGUCACCCGUUACAUCGCUAGGGCAUUCCCCGUUCCAGUAGUUUUCGCGGGGAACUUGCUCUAUCGUUUCAGAAGAUCUACUGCUCCAUCCCUUAUCAAACACUUUCGCGAUUGCAUCAAAGGAGCACCUCGUGAACUGUAUGCCAAUGUCCUGCUAACUGCAGGACCGCAAGGCAAGGACUCGUUGAUCGUGGUGCAGAUGUGUUAUGUGGGACCACAAGAGAAGGGGCAGGAAUAUCUGCUGGCCCUCUCUUCCUGGGAUGGCGAGAAAUGCCUUCUCAAUGAAGUCCACGAGAAGAGUUUCCUUCACCAACAAGACAGUGUUGCUCAAGUUCUGCGGGGGAAACCUGGCCGUCAGUGGUUCAUCCGCUCCUCGCUUAUAUCCUCGCUCCCGGACGACAUCAUUAACGAGACCGUCACGCAAUUCGCAGACACGCCUGUGGGAUGCACCUGGUUGUUUGAGUUGGCGGGCGGCGCUUUGGCGGACUUUGACGACAACUGUCUGCCGAAAUCGCAACGGGAGGCGGCGUUCACUAUCGCUGCACUGCACCAAUGGGAGAUGGACAUGGAUGACUCACGUUGCAUCGAUGCUGCCGAAGAGUGGAUCCUUGGGACACUCACGCCCGUUCGAUGCGGUGGUCCCUAUCCCUGUUUUCUCGGAAGACAUGAGCCACCAGAGCGCACGAUAGCCUGCUACGGCGAUAACUGGGCCCGCCUGUGCGAGAUCAAGAAGAAAUACGAUCCGACAAAUGUGUUCUGCAACUCUCUCUGGCCGCUGAAUGCCCAGAUGGAGCGUGUUGACCCUCGCACUCACGAGCCAGCGACACCAGCCCGGCUUAAAUUCGGUCAAUAGGUACUUAGAUCAAAAAUGAUAUUAUUAUAUUGGUACAGAUGCUCCUGGGUAUAUCUAGCAUAAUACAGCCGCAUCGAGAACUCCGUCAGUCGGCGGCGAGCGGCGCCAGGAAACUCGCCAGCACCCAUCCGAUGUCGUCCGAGGCAUUGCGGCACAGCAGCAGACAGUCCUCGCCGUCAUCCACAUACAGCGGGAGCCGGGGAUGCGUCGAUGGGUGUCCGGCCUCGUGCAACACACCAAAAAUAGCGUGUUCUUCCAGUGUGAAAAACGGGUAUCCAAAAUAGGACUCGGUCUCGGGGGGUUUGCACGGUUGGAUGACUCGGCAGGAGUAUUGUAUUGGAGCUGCGAGCCAGGUGGACCGCCGUGCCCUGAGCUGCUCGUUCUCGGGCCCAGGAGAAGUCUGUCUAGGGAGCUGCGGCGCACGGGCGCGCAUGUGCGAUGAGGGUUCGUCGGAAAUCGGUCUUCCUCGCGAGACCGACCGUUUCGUGCCGGGGGACAUGUUGUUCGUGAUAUCACUGGUCCUUCGAGCAACUCCGCGUUGCUCGCGUUCGUCAGCCUUCUUGCCGUUCGAAGACCGGCUGCUUUUCUUUUCCACAGAACCGUACCCGCCGUUCUCGAGCAGUGCUAAUUUCGAACUGGCCAACGAUCCUCGAUCAGCGCUCUUGCUGUUCUUGAGGCCUUUGUCCUUUUCCUUCUUCUUCUCCUCCUUUUUCCUGGCCUUUUCCUCCUCUUGCUCGAGUUUCCUCAGUCUCGCCCGUUCCUUUUCGCGCAUCUUCUCCUCCUCUCGUUCUGGAUCCUUAAUUUUCUUGGGCGGUAGCAGGGCUCCAGAAUAGUCCCAGCCCAUUUCAGCGAUGGUCACUCCCAGCUCGAGGCCUCCGUCACGCAUGCUCUUCUGUGUGGGAGUGGGACUCUUGCCUCGGACGGUCUUCUUUCCGUUAGUUGUGGCACUGCGGCCGGGGCUCUUCCCACGUGAUGUCGAAUUCCAGCCAGGGAACCCGGACCAGCCGGUGCCGGUGUCGCUCAAAGCAUGAGGCCGAGACGGCGACAAGGGGAACGGCCCGCUGACCUGCGGGGGACUCGGAUGCAGGGCGCUGAGCAUCGCAGUUGUAGCGGCCGCAUUGACUGGUGCCGGUUGGCCGGACCGGCGCGGGCCUUCCAGCGCGGCAAGCAUGUUGUUGACUUGAGUUGCCUGUCCGCUGUGCGAGCUGUGGACGCUGGCGGAGCUCGAGCUCGCGCGCUCGUAGUGCUGCGGAGAUGUGGGCGACCCGGGGACUGUGUUCUGCCACUCGCCGCUGCUGAUGCUGAUGGCUUCCACGACUGGGGACGAGAGCGACAGUUGCUGCGAGAUACGCAGUGGAUGACAGAUGCCCAGAGACAGCAGACCCGCGUCCACAUCGCCCCACCGCGCCCGCCAGACGGCCUCGGUUUCGCUGCCGCCGCCGUUCCGCUCGCCCUCGACUCGCAGCAUGUCCCACAGCCCGGCCCACGUGUCACGUGUUACACCGAAGAAGCCAG